CACACACACACACACAGUGAGACAGUGAGGCAGUGCAUGCACCACCAAGGUGUAUGGCAUCAAAUCAGCGUGCGAGAUGGCGCUGUCGAGCAAGAUUAAACAUCAUUGAGCAAGCAAACACUGAGUCAAGAGUGCAGAGGAUGGUUCCCGCAAGCAGAGGAUGAGUACCACGAGUGCACAGACCAGUAGAGAGCGCAGAAUGUUGUCGAGCGAGCAGAGGAUGGGUCCUGCAAGCACAUAGGCAAAUGAUUGGUACAGCUUGCCUCAAUCCGGCAUAUUAUGUUAUCACUUAUUUGGCUAAAUUAUUAUCCAUAGUUGCCUCUUUUGAUACAGCAGCACUCUUUAAAUGGACUGUUACCUUGAAUGCAACACUAACAUGUUAAAACGUGUCAACUCCAAAUUAACUCUGUCUAUGACAUUUCCUGACAUUAUAUUUUUACUGUCUCUCACUGCAGUUGUUUUCCCAGGAGACAGAUCAGGGUGUGUGUAGAAAACAUGUCUGACAAGGUCUCGUCUAGUUCAUUGCCCUGGACCACUACACCUUUGAGGCAGAGGAUGCCGAGUUUGGACCUGGAAGUCCUGACCAAGGGUAUCAAACUCCAAUUUCUAUGAACCUGUUGUGUUGGCGUAGUUACCGGACCUGUCACAACUUCCUCCGAAGUCGGCUCCUCCCCUUGUUCAGGCGACGUUCGGCGGUCAACAUCACCGGCUUUCUAGCCAUCGCCGCUCCAUAUUUCAUGUAUCCAUUUGUUUUGUCUUGUUCCCCGCACACCUGGUUUUCAUUCCCCAAUCAAUCUACAUGUAUUUAUUCCUCUGUUCCCCAUCAUGUCUUUGUGUAAGAUUGUUUGUGUUAUGUGUGUGUUGUUGACGCGCAGACUGACUUGUUUUUUCCGUGUUAUUUUUCCAGAAGAUGUUUAUUGUUAAACAUAAUUCUUGUGACUGUUUUGCGUGUUUUGCACUUUUGCCUACAUAAAGUGUCCGCCUGUUCACAAAUCUCUGCUCUCCUGCACCUGACGUCGCUACCAGAAUGCACACAUAUGACAGGACAGAGUGGGAGGAGGUGUCGAUGACAGUGAUGCCUCCCAGUGUGAUCUUAACAAACAGCCGCUGUGCCAACACCAUGCCUGAUGAUGACAACCAAAUGAUAUUCUUCCACCCUGGAUCACAAUAUCCCAAGACCAGCAUUGAGGCAGGAAUGGACUACACUGUUCGUCUGAGCUUGCCCCUCUACUCUGCACUUAGUGAGGUCCAGUCCCCAUACACACUCAUCGACUUGAACCUGGAGAUCUUCACUGGUUUUGAGGGAGGUGAAGUGGCCACCAACAGUGCUUGGGAUACAUUCCAGCAUUACCGCUGUCUGGAGAACAACCAGAGCGUGGUCAAGAUCGCCUCCACUGACAUCUUCCGCAACAACAUCUUUAGCGUUUCAGCUCUGCUGCACCCGGGAUCUAAAGAUGCUGCGUGGUGA